AUGUGCCCAUGGUCGCUGCUGUACAAGAAGGUGAACGAGGCGCAGUACCGCAGCCACUUGGCCAACGAGAUGAUGAUGUACCACAUGAAGGUGACAGCCGAGAUCAGGGUCGGGCUCAGGGUGACCCCACACUUUGCCUUACAGAAAUCGGUCCUGGCCGCGCUCUACAGCUCCGAGGGCUCUGUCAUGGAGCGGCACCACUUUGCCCAGGCCAUCGCCAUCCUCAACAGCCAGGGCUGCAACAUCUUCGACCACUUCUCCCGCAAGGACUACCAGCGCAUGCUGGACCUCAUGCGGGACAUCAUCCUGGCCACUGACCUGGCCCACCACCUGCGCAUCUUCAAGGACCUCCAGAAGAUGGCAGAAGUUGGCUACGACCCCAAGAACAAGCAGCACCACAGCCUGCUGCUCUGCCUGCUCAUGACGUCCUGCGACCUCUCCGACCAGACCAAAGGGUGGAAGACCACCAGGAAAAUCGCGGAGCUGAUCUACAAGGAGUUCUUCUCCCAAGGAGACCUGGAGAAAGCCAUGGGCAACCGCCCGCUGGAGAUGAUGGACCGGGAGAAAGCCUACAUCCCCGAGCUGCAGAUCAGCUUCAUGGAGCACAUCGCCAUGCCCAUCUACAAGUUGCUGCAGGACCUCUUCCCCAAAGCGUCGGAGCUCUACGAGCGCGUCGCCAGCAACCGGGAGCAGUGGACCAAAGUGUCCCACAAAUUCACCAUCCGGGGGCUGCCCAGCAACAACUCCCUGGACUUUUUGGACGAGGACUACGACCCUCAAGCCCCCGACCCCCAGAUGAACGGGUGCCUGGAUGCCGAGGGGCACCCCGAGUCGGGGGCCGAGUGAGGGUGGCGUGGAGGGACUGGGGCUGGGGACGGGAUGAGGUGACGUUGGAGCUCAAUCCCUGCCCUGGUGCCACCCAUGGGACGCGGUCCCCUCCCUCCGGGUCGCCGGAGUCCCUUCGUGCUGCGUGUCACCGUCCCCGGCCUGGUGGCACUUGGGGACAGCGGUGUCCCCAAGGAGGGGAUGUUUAUUCCUGGGCUCCCCAGCGCUGCUGUCCCCUGGAAUGGGGCCACCAGGACAUGUUUGGGGGGACAGCGUGGGGCAGGCGAUGGGGAGGGCCCCGAGCUUCCGGGGCGAUGGGACGGGUUGGGGACAACCCACAGCUUCUGGAAGAGGGGGGUGGGGAUGGUGGCGGGGGGGUGGCUCUGCUCCUGGGGGCAGCAGCGAUGGAGGGACCCCCGGAGCCCUCUCGGGGUGGCAGGAUGGGUGUCCCAAAGCCGUCCCAUCCUGCAGAGCCACGUCCCCGCAAGGGAUGGGGGGGAGCUAGGGUUGGGGGCUCCCCCCACAGGGUCUGUGGGGCCAGGUGGGUUGGAUGUGGGUGGUGGCAGUGGUGGCCUUGUGAUUCCUGGGCACCGUGCGUGGACCCUGCUGGUGUGCCAUGGUCCCAUCAGCUGCCACGCGUGGACACUGCCAUCCCAUGGUGACCCCUAUGGUCCCACAGACCCCCACGCGUGGAUACUGCCAUCCCAUUGUGGUCCCUGCAAUCCUAGGGACCCCCACGCAUGGACACUGCCAUCCCAUUGGGGUCCCUAUGGUCCUACAGACCCCCACGCAUGGACACUGCCAUCCCAUUGUGGUCCCUAUGGUCCUACAGACCCCCAUGCAUGGACACUGCCAUCCCAUUGGGGUCCCCUAGAGACCCCCAUGCAUGGACACUGCCAUCCCAUUGGGGUCCCCUAGAGACCCCNGGACACUGCCAUCCCAUUGGGGUCCCCUAGAGACCCCCAUGCAUGGACACUGCCAUCCCAUUGGGGUCCCCUAGAGACCCCCAUGCAUGGACACUACCAUCCCAUUGUGGUCCCUGCAAUCCUAGAGACCCCCAUGCAUGGACACUGCCAUCCCAUUGUGACCCCUUUGGCCCUACUGACUGCUGUGUAUGGACACUGCCAUCCCACUGCGGUCCCUUCGGCCCUAUUGAAUGCUCUCUACGGAUGCUGCCAUCUUCCCAUGGUCCCUCUGACCCCAAAGACCCCCAUGCAUGGCCCCUGCUAACAUCCCCUUCCCCCUACCACCCCACAGGCCACCACGCAUGGCCCCUGCCACCCUUCCAUGGUCCCCCUGAUCCCAAACACCACCGUGCAUGGACUUUGGUGAUGACCCCAUGUCCUUCUGGCCCUACUGACCACCAUGCAUGGUCACUGUCAGCAUCCCAUGGUUCCUCUGGUCCUACAGACCACCGUGCACGGCCCCUGCCAACGUCCCGUUGACCCUACUGUCCCACAGACUGCCAUGCAUUGACUUCAGUGGCCUCCUCAUGUUCUUCUGGCCCUAUAGACCGCUGUGCUUGACCCCUGCCACCCUUCCGUGGUCCCUCUGAUCCCCAACACCACUGUGCAUUGACUUUGGUGAUGACCCCGUGUCCUUCUGGCCCUACUGACCUCCAUGCAUGGCCACUGUCAGCAUCCCAUGGUUCCUCUGGUCCCACAGGCCACCAAGCAUUGACUCUGGUG